UAUCCAAUCAGAGCGCGAGCAUGAUGUUGUCCUAACUGACGUGUCGCACUCGGUUUUUUUUUGUCUUAUUGAGGAAUAACAGCUUCUUCUUCUUCUUCUUCUUUCUUCUAACCAGGUUGUUUAUUAUUAUCAAACAAAACGCGCAACAAUGUCAGAGCCGAGCAAGCAGGACAUCUCUGCUAUUUUCAAGCGGCUCCGCUCGGUUCCGACGAACAAGGUUUGCUUUGACUGCUCGGUUAAAAACCCCAGCUGGGCCAGCAUCACCUACGGCGUAUUCCUGUGUAUAGACUGCUCUGGGACACACAGGUCUCUUGGCGUGCACCUGUCCUUUAUCAGGUCCACCGAGCUGGAUUUUAAUUGGUCGUGGUUUCAGCUGAGAUCUAUGCAAGUCGGAGGAAACGCGAGUGCGAUUGCAUUUUUCAGUCAACAUGGCUGCACAACCAACACGGCCAAUGCCAAGUACAACAGCCGAGCCGCUCAGCUGUACAGAGAGAAGAUAAAGACUUUAGCCACGCAAGCCACCAGACGCCACGGCACUGAGCUGUGGCUCGACAGUCAGGCUCCUCUCUCUCCGACAUCGCCAGGCGACAAGCAGGUGGAUUUCUUCAGUCUGCAUUCACAGGCUCCUCCUGAUGAUCUGAACAUGGCCAAAAUGAGUCUCAGCUCCUCAGCAUCAGAGAAACCGUCAACCGAGGAAAAAGAGGAAGACAAAAACGGUAAUCCAGAGGAGGGUCCCAGUGUGGAAAUGCUGAGUGUUUCUCCAAAAGCAAAUCCAGAUGUUUCCUCUCUACUUAAGAAGAAACCAGUGGCUGCCAAGAAAACUUUGGCCUCUAAGAAGGGUGGACUGGGCGCUCAGAAGGUCAGCAGCAAGAGCUUCUCAGAGCUGGAGAAGAAGGCUCAAGCUGCCGACAAGCUCCGGGAGAACGUAGAUGCUGGCAAGAAGAGUUUUGAACCUGAGGAGUCCAUCGCCCCAUCCCUGCGACUGGCCUGUAAAGAUCUCGAGCAGCAGAGGAAAAUGGAGGAGAAGAAGUUGAAGGGUUUAGAGGGGAAGAAGAAGGAGCAAGCUGAGAGACUGGGCAUGGGUCUAGGCAUGAGGAGCGGAGUGUCUCACUCUGUCACGUCGGACAUGCACAUCAUCCAGCAGGAGAAUCCAACAGGGACAAAGUCCACCAAAGGACGACGGUUCACUGAGGACAACGAUGAUGAUGCGUCCUUCAGCUCCAGGGUCAUGACCCGGUAUGAUGAUCAAGUAGAAACCUCCGAUAAUUUCUCCUCCCGGUGGGAUGACAGAGGUGAUGGAGGAGGCUGGAUGAAGGAGAGCAAGAAGCCGGAGCCAGACUUCUUCAUAACCAGCAUGUCAUCGCUGAGUGACAAGUCCACAUCCAGAAGAAAACCAGAACCGGUCACGGACACGGGAGAAGCUCGGUCAAAGUUUGGAGACGUGAAAGCCAUCUCCUCUGACAUGUACUUUGGAAAACAAGAUAACUCUGAGUACGAGGCCAAAACACAACUGGAAAGAUUUGCUGGGAGCUCCUCGAUAAGCUCAGCAGAUCUCUUUGAUGAUCCAAAGAAACAGACCGCGAGUUCGUACCGUCUGACCAACGUGCUGCCCAGCGCUCCUGACAUGUCCCAGCUCAGACUUGGAGUGCGCUCAGUCGCGGGGAAACUCUCCGUCAUGGCCAGCGGCGUAGUUAGCUCAAUUCAGGAUCACUACAGUACCUGAGUCACGGUGUGUCUCCUCGUGGAUUCAGCACGCUCUCAGUCGUCCUCUGUUUAACAGAUAAGUUUCAGAUCAUGGGGAGAGAAAUUAGUCAAAGUGUACCCCCAAAAUAACGCCUGUAUACAUCUAUAUCUAGUUUUUUUAUUGGAUAAUGUAUAUACAAGAGAAUCAAGAUGAUGGGAGCACAAUAUUCAGAGGAAUUAUGUUCCCCUGCAGACAUCUUCAAGGGAGAUUUAUGUGUAUAGUUUAGUCAUGAAGAAUAGUUUGCGGUUUAUUACUUUUUUUGCUUUGAGGUUUGGGGAUUUAAAUAUUACAAAUGCUGUAUGUAGCAAUUUAAGAAGGUUUAUGGUGUUAUGAAGGGAGGAUUUGCUUUUUCAUUCCUUUAGUUGAUGAGGUCAAAAAAUGAAAUGUAAGCGGUAAUUCAGUUUUUAUUUCAUACUCUCGCUCAUCACAUGCACUCUGUACUGUGGUGUUUUGCUUUUUGCUUUUUUUUUUUUUUUCUUGGAAGUGUCCUUUCCAGUCUCCCCAAAGUGCACUUAUGUUAGCUCUUCCACAGACAGGACCAAAACCUGAUAAAGAGGCCAUGGGGGACCAGACAUUUAGUUUCUUAAUCGCAUACAUUAGGAGCUGUGUAGGUUUGAAAUUGGCCUCAUUAGCACAUAAGCUUCAUUAUCUGGAGAACACUUUUGUUUUUCGUAGGCCGUGCAAGAAGGCACGAAGCCUGAGCGGCUAUUAAAGAGUUUAAGCUUAAUGCAAAAGUUCAACAUUUCGGGAUAUAUGCCAGUUAGAUGAGGAGAUCGAUCCCAAUCUCAAAUCUGUCCGUUCAGCAUGAAGCUGUAGCGAGCCGCUGGACAGCCAGGCACUGAAGGUGUCGAUGUGGAUUUUGUUGUAGCUGUCGCAGGUUUCUAAAGAGCUGCUUUGAGUCCAUUACUUUUAAAAAAAAGCAGAUCGGCAAUCAACAUUCGAACGAGUUGCACUACGCGUUUAUGUUCUGUGGGAUUUUCUCAAUCCAGUUGCUUCGAUUUUUUUAGUCACUUUAAGACGACGUAAUAGAUAAAUAUGGUCAAUAAUGUAACCUGUAGAUGAAAUGAAUUUAGAGGGGUGUCUUUUGGUUAUUUUUUGUAGCUGCUUUCUGUUGGAGGUUGUGUUUUAGACGUCUUUGUUGACUCUACACUGCCCCCUUUUUGAUAUUUAAUUUAAAGUUGAAGGCCAGAAGUUGCUGAUGCGGUGGGACCUCUUUGUAGCUUUAAGGCCUCACCGUACAGCAACAAACUUCACAACAAACAAUCCCUUUAAAGCCUUUAAAGUUCUUUUUUUUUGUUGUUGUUGCUUUAACCGACUGCCAAGGUUCCAGAUCUUUAAUUUUUCAAGUCAAAGAUAACAGAGCUAGUAAUUGGGCACAAGUAGCACUACACGUGAUGCUGUAUUUGACAUUUAAAAGCAAUAGAAGAGCAGCUUGAUAUCCGAACUACGGCUUGUGCUUUAGCAUUUAGAUCUAGUUUGCCAUGAUGCUAAAAAAAAAAAAGCUACUUCAGAUAUUGAAUCGUGCAGUUAAGGGACGACUGAUCGGGAACAGGAUGAUUACAUUACUGAGCAAUUUCUGUACUGUUUAAGCUUCUCAGGAGUUUGAGUUGUCAAAUAUGAAACGCUAAAAGAAGAGGGCGAGGUGAACGUUGUAGAUGACCAAAUAUUUGUUUACUCCAUCACUCUAUGCCUUAGUCCAAAGAUCUCCGAUUAACGCUCGCCCUCGUAUUGCAAUAUCGUGGAGUCCUCUGGUUACCCCUUCCUUGCACAUAAUUUGUUAGAAAAAUUGCACGUGGCAGCUUUUGCUUGAAUGUACCGUACUGCAAUUUGAACAUUUGCGUCCAUGUUAGACUUUUUUUGUAUUUUGUUUUUUUGAUCUUUGUAAGAUUGUUUGUUCGUGUCUUUUCCUGUUUUAAAUAUUGUUAAUUGUUACAGAAGAAUGGUAGCUCGUGUCAUUUGCAUGGAAGACAACAAAGCUGGAAUCCGACCAUUAAAUAAUAACUGUUGAAAAUAAAAAAAUAUAAAAGAUGUACACUUAGGUUGAGACCUGCGACGUACAAUGUCGUAUAGAGCUUUGAAUUACCAUUUAUAGAAAAGCUACUGAUAAUCAAGUUUUGACUUAUUUUGACACUCUGUAAGAUUUUUGGAAACAUGCCAAAUAAAUGGCCUGUGCUUAA